UGCUGCUGCUUCAGAGCGCGCCGGGAGCCAGGAGACUACAGGGGAGCGGAAUCGUUGGGCACCAUUGAAGUCCGUAUCUCGAUCUCGCUCUCUCCUUUUCCCUCUCGUUCCUUCAGAUCUUUCCUGAUUCGGUGAUAAAUAGUAACGUAGGAGAGAACUGGUGGGGAAUCUCUUUGUUUGUUAAAAGCUCAGCAAGUCUUCAGUAAAAAUGGCCACCAAUAAAUCUACAUUGCAUAAAAUUGGGAAAAAACAGAAUGGCAAGGGUAAAAAAGUUGAAGAAGCAGAACCUGAAGAAUUUGUUGUAGAAAAAGUCCUGGAUCGACGUGUAGUUAAUGGCAAGGUGGAGUACUUCUUAAAAUGGAAGGGAUUUACUGAUGCUGAUAACACAUGGGAGCCUGAAGAAAAUUUGGAUUGUCCAGAGUUAAUAGAAGCUUUUCUGAAUUCUCAGAAAGCUGGUAAAGAAAAAACAGAAGGUACCAAAAGAAAAUCCCUUUCAGAUAGUGAAUCUGAGGACAGCAAAUCAAAGAAAAAGAGGGAUUCUGUUGAUAAACCCAGGGGAUUUGCACGAGGUCUUGAUCCUGAACGAAUAAUUGGAGCUACAGAUAGCAGUGGAGAACUUAUGUUUCUUAUGAAAUGGAAAGACUCAGAUGAAGCUGACCUGGUAUUAGCUAAAGAAGCUAAUGUGAAAUGUCCUCAGAUUGUAAUUGCUUUUUAUGAAGAACGAUUAACUUGGCAUUCUUGCCCAGAGGAUGAAGCACAAUAAUUGUUUGGAUUCUCUCCUUCCUUCCCUCCCUUUUCUUAAUAUAUGUAUGAUAUUUGUUUUAACAAAAGUGGAAAACUCCUACUGAGUCCUAUUAAGAUACGUAUGGUUACCUUAAAAGUAAUAUGUUUUACAUAAAGAAGAAAGCAAAAGUGCUAUUCACUGUUUUAUGAUAAGAAAACAUUUGAUACUGCUUUCUGCAUAUUAGAUCAAAUGUUUUAUAAAAUUUGGUAGUUAAUAGUGAUUUUAAUGGCAAUUUACUCAGAUUUACAAGUGUUUUUAGCUCUAUAUACAACAAAUGUGCAUGCAUUUUUUUCUGCCAUAUAGUCUGUAAAAUCAUUUAGUAUUUGUGGCAAAUUGGUUCAAAGGGGACCAGGUGAAAACUUUGUUUCAAUUUUAAAGUGCAUAUUGUAUAUUAUUUUAAUGUAGAUACUGCUGAAAAGCUACCAAUAAAAUAGUUUCAUAUUCUUGUGCUUUCUUUACCAAACUGCAGGAAGCUAAGAGAUUUUGAAAGCUAUUUUGGUAUGGAAAAUAUCCAUUAAAGGAUAGAGACAGAGUUUUGUUUUGUGCAAAACAAAAACAAAACCAUUUUAACUAGGCAGGCAGUUACAUGAAAUUUAUAGUUUUCUCCCAUAGAUGUUUAUAAGUUGUUUCUCAGUAUUAGCAAAAUAAGAAAACGAACAUAAAAAACAUGUGUGGUACAUUGAAUAUUUAAUUUUUAAGACUAAUUUGCAGGCUUGGUAAUCACAAUUAUAGUACUCAGAAUAUAUGGCUGAGUAAUCAAAUCCUGACUUAAUCCCUUUAAACCCUAUAUCUGAUGCUUUACAAAUUAAUAAAUUAUUGGUGUCUUAGUCUUGAUUUGUUUAGGAACUAUUAUCCCUAAUCCCAAUAUACAUUUCAAAUAAAAUUAUUUUAAUAGUUUACUUGAUGGAUUUAUGUAGAUAAAUUGAUGCAUGGAACUGCAAAAAAGAGGACUUGGAGUGUAUGUGUGUGUGUGUGUGUGUGUGUGUAUAAAAUCAUAUAUUAUAUAGUAAAUUGUUAAAUCACAAUUUGAUCAUCCAAAUAGGGUUGCUAUAUGUGUGAUUAAGUUUUAAAUUCAAGUGCAUGCAAAUAACUACAUUAUUUCAUGCAAGUUUUUUGGUGUGCCAAGAAAAAAAACGGAGGCAACUGCCCUUAUAUUUUUGCUGUCUGUACUGAUUGUACCAGCAAUACUUCUUGAGGCAAAAGGCAAUGUAAUGUACUCUAUGGAACACAUUUAUCAACAAUAUCACUCAUCUCCUAUUUUUUGUAUGUCUGUUUAUGGAUUCAUUUGGCUUUGAUUUUAUUAUGUUUGGGCGAGCAAUAAGGAAUCUUGUCAGGUAUGACUUAAUUGUCAUUAUUUGGUUUCUAAUAUAGUUCAGUGAUUCCGUUUAUAUGCUGGAUUAAUAGAAUGGAUUAUUGAAAUUCGCCAUAAUAAGUUUUGAUUUUAAAAAUCAACGUAACAAUUCAUCUCAUUUCUGAGAAUUACUGUAAAAAUAAAUAUGGCACCACAUUGAAAAAAACCCUAGAGUUCUAAACAUGAAGUCAGUUCACUGCCUUUCAAUAAACCUAUAUCCUGAUACAUGU